UGUCACUCUGUAGACUAGCAGACAGCCAUGGCUGCCCUCAGCAAGCUAACGCACAACUGCUAUGAAGUCGGCCACACAUGGAGCCCGUCGUGUAUGCAGUCCGCGGCGGACAUAUCCAGGGGGGCGCUGGAGGUCUCCUUCAAAAUUUACGCCCCUCUUUACGUGAUAGCAGCCAUUCUCAGAAGAAGGAAGAAGGAUUACUACCUAAAAAGGCUUCUACCUGAGAUCUUACAGUCUACCUCUUUCCUCACUGCCAAUGCAGCCCUCUACAUAUUCUUCUUCUGCAUUCUCAGGAAACUACUGGGAGGGUUUUAUUCAUGGUCCAUUGGGUUUGGCUCAGCACUGCCCGCCUCCUAUAUCGCAAUCCUCCUGGAGCGUAAGAGCAGGAGAGGACUCCUCACAAUAUACAUGACAAACCUUGCCACUGAGACUUUGUUCCGCAUGGCAGUGACACGAGGAAUAAUCCAACCUAUCAAACAUGGCGAGGUGCUUCUGUUCUGCAUUACAGCCUCCCUCUACAUGUUCCUCUUCAGGAGUAAAGAUGGUCUUAAAGGCUUUGCAUUCUCUGCAUUGAAGUUCAUCAUUGGCAAGGAAGAGAUUCCAUCUCACUCUGUUACGGCUGAGCCUGAUAGCAAAAGGCUUCGAGAGGAGCAAGCCGCUGCAGAGUCGGAUGCUUCACAUGUUUCAGCGAUGAUGCAGCGUGAUUCCGGGAGGAGCAAAUCUAUGUUGUCCUACACCAAGCAACUGCUGGAGUCAAUAUGUAAACGAGGUCCAAGGCACAGAUGUUGCAAACAUCACCAGGACAACUGCAUUUCCUACUGCAUUAAAGGUUUCGUGAGAAUGUUCAGCGUUGGCUACUUGAUUCAGUGUUGCCUUAAAGUGCCAUCAGCGUUCCGGCAAGUCUUCUCCAAACCGUCGCGACUUCCCUCCCUCUUCUACAACAAAGACAACUUCCAGCUUGGGGCCUUUUUGGGCUCUUUUGUCAGCAUCUACAAGGGAGUAAGCUGCUUGCUUCGUUGGUUGCGGGAUAUUGACAGUGAACUGCAUGCUCUGGUUGCUGGCUUCCUCGCUGGCUUAUCAAUGUUUUUCUACAAGAGCACGUCGAUAUCCAUGUAUCUCUUCUCUAAGCUGGUGGAGACCUUGUACUUCAAGGGCAUCGAGGCAGGCCACUUCCCGUACUAUCCACAUGCGGACACAGUCCUCUACGCCAUCUCCACCGCCAUCUGUUUUCAAGCUGCUGUGAUGGAGGUUCAGAACCUUCGGCCUACAUACUGGAAGUUCCUUUUGCGUCUCACUAAGGGCAGGUUUGCUGUGAUGAACCGACAGUUGCUGGAUGUUUUUGGCACUCAGGCCUCCAGGGACUUUCACGGUUUUGUGCCCAAACUAGACCCGCGCUAUGUCACAGCACCCAGCCAAAUGACACUUCCACCAAGCGGUGACGUCCCACUUCUAUGAUGUGGGAUGAAAUGAUGCUCUUCAGCUAAGCGAUAUUUUAUUUGGAGGUUAUCUUAAGCAGCUGUCCGAGAGGUGGCAAAAUAGAUGUAAUGCCUAUGACGGCCUUCUGCUACUCUGUGAGCAACAGAACAUCUGCAGUGAACUUCACGCAUUUGUCAGUUUUAGCCUUUUGUUUGUUUUCGCACUGUACUAAUUAUAUCACCAAAUUACUUUAUCUAGGUUGUUGCAUUCCAUCACAUCUUUUUUUCUCAGGUUCCCAACAGAAGUAUGUUUGGUUGUUUUGGAUGCUUGUUUUGACUGUGAGACUAAUAUUUGUGGUAAAGUUACAAUACUAUGUUUUAGAUAAUCUACUAUGCAGACAGCAUGUGUUUAACUGGGUGUUUAGCUGCCUGUUUUAACCAGCUAAUUAGUUUCAUUGUUAAGUUUAAAUUGCAUUUGAUAACAUGGAAACGAUUUAACUGCAGUCACAGAACUUGUAUUUGUAAAUUUUCUUAACAGCUGAACAGUGAGCAACAUCCAUCCAUCCAUCCAUUUUCUACCGCUUGUCCCCACAAUAUACAUUAAACAGUAAUAAGAGUAAUUCUGAUUCACAAGACUAAAACAAAAUGUUUUUUUUAAAUAUUUUUUCUGUUAACAGUAAGAUCAAGCACAAAGUGCAAUAUGUUGUCUCAAAUGUUUACCAUAUAUUCCUGUUUUGUUUUUUCCUCAGUUAACAGCUUUUGCCAAAACAAAAAUCAUCUAUUUUGCGUGACUUUCCUAACACAACAGUUGUAUUUGCUCUUCAGUGGACCAUAAUUAUUUGUGUAUCAAUAGGCAGUAAAAGGUUCAGAUUUGAUUUCUGAGCAUUUUGCAUUCAGUACUCAAAUACACACAUGACCUCUGUUAGAGAAUUCACUUUACACAGAGAUGUUAUAAAACAUAUGUAUACAGUACAGAAAGUUAACACAAUUGAUGUUGCGUAUUACACCGAUGCGAUUGCCUAAAACGUUUUUAUGUUGAAAUAAAAUGUUUUUGGAUUUAA